ACCAUUCUCACUCAACCGCCUCUCUGCCUAUAAAUAAAUACCCACAUACUCCACUCACCUUCUCUCUCACAUUUUCGUUUUUCCAUUAGCAUUUCUGUAACUGUGCUCUCUCUGUGUUCUCUGUCACAUUUUACACCAAAUGGGCAAGAAGAAGAACAAAAGCAACAACAGCCACGAGCAUGAAGAACAAAAACAUGAAGAACAACAAAAGAAAGAAGACGGAGGAGAAAACAAGAAGAAAGAAGAAAAUAACAACAAGAAGAACAACGAUGUCGUUUUCAAAAUUGAAAUGCACUGCGAUGGCUGCGCUUCUAAGAUUAUCAAAUUGGCUCGCGGAUUUGAUGGUGUGGAGAAUGUGAAAGCGGAUUCAGAAGCGAAUAAAUUAACAGUAAUGGGUAAAGUGAAUGAUCCGAUUAAGAUUCGAGAUUUUCUUCACUUGAAAACUAAGAAAAAAGUUGAACUCAUUUCUCCUCUGCCCAAAAAAGACGACGCCAACAAAAACAAGGACGACGGCAAUAAAAAAGGCAACGACAACAAUACCAACAAACCUAAAGUUAAAGAGGCGCCGGUUGUAACGGCGGUUAUCAAGGUAGCAUUUCACUGCUUGGGUUGCAUUGAGAAGAUUCAGAAAAUCGUUUCAAAGACUAAAGGUGUGCAGGAGAUGACAAUGGACAAGCCCAAGGAAACGGUGACGGUGAAGGGAACAAUGGACGUCAAGGCGUUGACUGAGGUUUUGAAGGAGAAACUUAAACGGAACGCUGAGAUUGUGCCGCCGAAGAAAGACAAGGAAGACGGCGGAAAAGACGGCGGUGAAGGCGGCAAGAAGAAGAAGGGCGGCGGCGGUGGGGGUGAUGGCGGAGGUAACGGCGGCGGUGGCGAUGCGGGUGUGAAAAUGGAGGGUAGAAUGGAAUACGUGAUGCAUCCGGGUUACGGGUUGGGGCCUGGGUACGGGUAUGUAGGUCAACCGGUUUAUGGAAAUGGGUAUCUGGGUCAACCCAUGCAGAUGCAGUCUGUGCAGCCGCAGCCGCAGCCGGUACCUGUGUAUGGAAAUGGGUACAUGCCGGUUUAUGAUUAUGGAUUCGGGUAUCAGGUUCCGGGUUAUCCAGUUCACAUGAAGUUCAAUGAUGAGAACCCGAAUGCCUGCUCUAUAAUGUGACUUUUAGUAAUUAGUGGGUCUAAUUAGUAAUUAGAUGGGGGAUAAUGAAGUGUAAAUGAAACAAAGAAAGAGCAUUAGGGACUAAUCAAUGCAAAUUUUUGGGUUAGCUAUUUUGGGUUAGUUAUUUUGGGUGGUGAUAUGAUGUGAUUAGUGACAUUACUAUCUAGUUGGUUUUUAAUUUACUUGUAAUGCUUUUUUAAUAUUAAUUUUAGUCGCACAAUUUUCAGUUUAA